AUGGCGGAGGAGACCCGGGUCAUCUACCACCUGGACGAGCAGGAGACCCCCUACCUGAUCCGGAUCAACGUGCCCGCGCAGCGCGUCACCCUGGCCGACUUCAAGCAGGUCGUGAACAAACCGAACGUGAAAUUCUUCUUCAAGUCGGUGGACGACGACUUCGGGGUGGUGAAAGAGGAGAUCAGUGAUGACGAUGCCAGGCUGCCCUUUGUGAACGGACGAGUCGUGUGUUGGCUCGUGUCGUCAGACUGUCAGCCAGAUUUCAGGGGCUCGGAUCUCCAGUCUAUAGCCACGCCCACCUGCUUGGCCCCGCCCCCCAUAGAGAGGACAGGUGGGAUCGGGGACUCCAGACCGCCGUCCUUCCAUGCUACUGCCGUCGGCCAUGAUGACCUGCAGGGGUCAGAGGUCAGACCUGCUGUUUCACCUGCAGAGAGGCUGCAGAGGAAAGACCUGGGCGAGAAAGGUGGACGUCUGAACGGACACGCCCACCAACCAACAGAUAAGAAAGGGGCGGGGCCAACAGGUGGAGGUGACAGCUCGUCAACACAACAGAGCAGCGAGUUGGAGACGACGAGUUUCUGUUCAUCUGAAGAAGACUCGGGAGGAAGGUUCAGCCAAUCGACAGGGCAGAGCAGCUCCUCGCCGCGACUCAUCAGGCGACAACGCCGCCGCCACCGGAAACCCAAAACGCCGCGGAUGGAGCGGUCCUGGUCAACCACAUCCUUGAUUGGAAUGAUGGUUUCACUUCAUAUAUUCCCUGUUCUGAGUUCUGUCUGUCUGUCUGUCUGUCUGUCAGAGAGGUAUAACUUCCUGGGGAUCAGUAUCGUCGGUCAGAGUAACGACAGAGGAGAUGGAGGGAUUUAUAUCGGCUCCAUCAUGAAGGGAGGAGCGGUGGCAGCAGACGGUCGCAUCGAGCCGGGAGACAUGCUGCUGCAGGUGAACGACAUCAACUUUGAGAACAUGAGUAACGACGACGCUGUUCGAGUCCUGAGAGAGGUCGUCCACCAGCCAGGUCCGGUGACGCUGACGGUGGCCAAGUGUUGGGAUCCGAACCCGCGAGGCUGUUUCACGCUACCCAGAAGUGAGCCGGUGCGGCCCAUCGACCCGGCCGCCUGGGUGUCCCACACCGCCGCCAUGACGGGGAGGCUCCUCCCACACUACGGUAUGACUCCCAUCAGCCACUGCAGCAGUUCUCCAGGUGUGCACGAAGAAAACCAUCUCACCAUCCACAGCGACAUGACGGUGAUCGUCAAGGCGAUGGCCAAUCCGGAGUCGGGCCUGGAGGUGCGGGACAGGAUGUGGCUGAAGAUCACCAUCCCCAACGCCUUCAUCGGUUCAGACGUGGUCGACUGGCUGCACCGCAGCGUCGAAGGCUUCACCGACCGUCGUGAAGCUCGCAAGUACGCCGGCAACCUGCUGAAGGCCGGAUUCAUCCGACACACCGUCAACAAGGUCACCUUCUCCGAGCAGUGCUACUACGUGUUCGGAGACCUCUGUGGAGACCAAAACCACCACACCCUGGACCAUGUCCAUGACAAUCUAGAGCAGGUCCACCACAUUCUAGACCACCUCUUCUACAUAAUAGACCAGGUUCACCACAUCCUAGAUCAGUCCAUCACACAGAGGUAUAACUUCCUGGGGAUCAGUAUCGUCGGUCAGAGUAACGACAGAGGAGAUGGAGGGAUUUAUAUCGGCUCCAUCAUGAAGGGAGGAGCGGUGGCAGCAGACGGUCGCAUCGAGCCGGGAGACAUGCUGCUGCAGGUGAACGACAUCAACUUUGAGAACAUGAGUAACGACGACGCUGUUCGAGUCCUGAGAGAGGUCGUCCACCAGCCAGGUCCGGUGACGCUGACGGUGGCCAAGUGUUGGGAUCCGAACCCGCGAGGCUGUUUCACGCUACCCAGAAGUGAGCCGGUGCGGCCCAUCGACCCGGCCGCCUGGGUGUCCCACACCGCCGCCAUGACGGGGAGGCUCCUCCCACACUACGGUGUGCACGAAGAAAACCAUCUCACCAUCCACAGCGACAUGACGGUGAUCGUCAAGGCGAUGGCCAAUCCGGAGUCGGGCCUGGAGGUGCGGGACAGGAUGUGGCUGAAGAUCACCAUCCCCAACGCCUUCAUCGGUUCAGACGUGGUCGACUGGCUGCACCGCAGCGUCGAAGGCUUCACCGACCGUCGUGAAGCUCGCAAGUACGCCGGCAACCUGCUGAAGGCCGGAUUCAUCCGACACACCGUCAACAAGGUCACCUUCUCCGAGCAGUGCUACUACGUGUUCGGAGACCUCUGUGGAGAUAUGGGGGUGUUGUCUCUGCUGGACCACGAUGCAGCGUCCAGUCGGGCAGGAGGGUCCGACUGCGACCCGCCGGCGCCGGCCUUCCCCUACCAGUACCCCAUCCCUCACCCCUACAGCUCGCCUCACCCCCUGCAGCAGCUGCCGGCCUGGGGGGGAGGAGGAGGAAGUCAGCACAGUGAAGGAAGUCGCAGCAGUGGAUCGAACUGCAGCGACGACCAGAAGGAGGCCGGAGGUGAAGGAGGAGGGAAAGGCAGCGAGUCCGACCCUCCCAAACGAGAAGCAAGCGCAUCACCUGACCAGCAGCCGGCGGCCGAGUCCCCCAGCGACGGCAGCGCCCGGCGGUCGCCCGCCUCCGUCUCUGGUCUCCAUGGCAACGACGACGUCCCGCCUCCGUCUCGAGGUCAGCGCCGCGAAAUCGCCACCUCCCGACAGUCCUUCCGCCUGGCCAUGGGAAACCCCAGCGACUUCUUCGUGGACGUCAUGUGA